GCCACGACGGAUCCAGUGCGGCAGGAUGCUGGUGCCGGCGGACAUGUUGGCAGCGCAGUCCAAGCUGCUCUACCAGCUCAACAAGUUCUACGGCGAACGAGUACAGACGCGAAAGGCGAGCAUCGCCAAGACGGUACGCGAAGUUUGCCGAGUAGUGCAGGAUGUCCUGAAGGAAGUGGAAGUCCAGGAACCCCGCUUCAUCUCGUCCCUGAAUGACUGUAACGGGCGCUACGACGGGGUGCAGGUCAUCUCCCCAACAGAGUUCGAAGCGGUGCUUUACCUCAAUCAGAUGGGCGUCUUUAACUUCGUGGACGACGGGACGCUGCCCGGAUGCGCGGUGCUCAAGCUGAGUGAUGGAAGGAAACGCUCAAUGUCCCUCUGGGUGGAGUUUAUCACCGCUUCUGGAUACCUGUCCGCGAGAAAGAUUCGCUCCCGGUUCCAAACCCUGGUGGCUCAAGCGUGCGAUAAGUGCAGCUAUCGAGACAGCGUCAAAAUGGUGGCCGAUACGAGCGAAGUGAAGCUGCGCAUCCGAGAGAGGUAUGUAGUCCAGAUCACGCCGGCCUUCAGAUGUUCGGGACUCUGGCCACGCUCUGCGGCUCACUGGCCCGUGGCUCAUGUGCCCUGGCCAAACCCAAACUUAGUGGCCGAAGUGAAAGGCGAAGGUUUCGAUCUCCUCUCCAAGGAAUGCGUCUCACUACAAGGAAAGCAGUCGUCGAUGGAAGGGGACGCCUGGGUUCUCUGCUUCCUGGACGCCGAGAACCGUCUUCUGGCCGGGGGUUGCAGAAGGCGGUGUUUGAGCGUGCUGAAGACCCUCCGUGACAGACACCUGGACUUGCCUGGGAAUCCGGUGUCCGCCUAUCAUCUCAAAACCUUGCUCUUGUACGAAUGCGAGAAACAUCCUCGUGAAUUAGAGUGGGACGAAGCCUGUCUGGGUGACCGGAUCAACGGGAUCCUCUUGCAACUCAUCUCUUGUCUUCAGUGUCGUCGGUGUCCACACUACUUUCUGCCGCAUCUGGAUCUUUUCAAAGGGAAGUCAGCGAGUGCGCUAGAAAACGCCGCCAAGCAGGCGUGGAGGCUAACCCGCGAACUGCUCACCAAUCCGAGAUCGUUAGAAAAACUUUAAGCUCGUAUUAUGUAACAUAUAUAGGAGGUUUUUGUCCACCAGAAAGGAACUGAGGUGAGAGACUGUCUUUUGAUUUCGUUGAUUGUGUGUGCCGCGAAGGACAGGCUGUUCCACAACCGAGUCGAUGAAGUUAUUUCAAAGUUCACUGUGGUCGCGCUGGCGGAAAGAACGGCACCUCCUUUCUAAUUUAUUGCUAGUCUGUGUUGACGAACUGUGAAUAAAAAUUGUGUUGUACAAGUUUC